AGAGAGAGAGAGAGAGAGGGACAAGAGAGAGAAAAAGAGAGUGAGAAAAAUUUCGUCGUCUCCCGUGUGUUCGGGGUUUUCCCUGGUCAUCGCCGUCGCCGUCGCCGUCGCCGUCGCCGCCGUCGCCGUCGCCGUCGCCGUCAUCACCGUCGCCGUCGUCGCCGCCGUCGUCGCCGCCGUCGUCGCCGCCGUCGUCGUCGUGUACGCGGGACCACCGAUGCAGACCCUACGGAAGAAAAACAGUCCGUGCAAGUUCAAGAAUGACCCAACCCGCUUCCUUGGGGAGGGCGUGUCAUUCAAGGCGAAGCUGAUCGGUAUCUUGGAGGUGUCGGAAGCACGCGGCGACCGGAUGUGCCAGGCGGCCUUGGCUGACCUGAAGAUGGCGAUUCGCGCCGCGGGGGAGCACAAGCAACGAAUCGCCGUUCAGGUCAGCAUAGACGGGCUUCGUUUGAGGGACGAGAAGACGGGGGAUUGCCUGUACCAUCACCCGGUGCACAAAAUAUCCUUCAUAGCUCAGGAUAUGAGCGACUCGAGAGCCUUCGGCUACAUUUUCGGCUCCCCGGACACCGGCCACCGGUUCUUCGGCAUUAAGACUGACAAGGCAGCGAGUCAGGUGGUGAUAGCGAUGCGAGACUUGUUUCAAGUAGUGUUCGAGCUGAAGAAGAAGGAGAUCGAGAUGGCGAAGCAGCACAUAGAGCAGAAUGCCAUUAACGCGAUUAAAUUCCACACCGGCGGUAUUUUCGUUGAACCGGCGCCCGACACCAAGGGCGCAGCGGGCACGGAGUCCUCGUUUCAUCGAAUUCGUACGAACAACUGCGAGAUCGAGAAGUCCGCCGAUCGCAAAAACGAGUCGCAAAGCGGCGUGAUUGCGGAUUUGCUGGAUCUGCAGUUCGAACUGAACUCGCUGCAGCAGGGCAUCCAUCAGAUGGACAAAAUUACGCCGGAAAAUCCUGUGCCGUCUACCGACGAUCUGUUCGAGACCGAUCCUUUCGGUGAUUCAUUCGCGAACAUGAAGCUUCAAGAGACAGUUCGCCCGAUCUUGCCUCCGCCACCCUUUUCGGCGAAGAGAGGACACCUGGAGCGGCAACACACCGUGCCGGCACCGCCGACCUCGGCUACCUCCAGCCCGGCGACAACGUUAGUUAGCAAAACGCCACCGCCGCAGAGCACGAUUCACUGGUUUGACAAAGAGACCGAGAAUCUCUUCAACGACAAUGAGCUCGCAGGUUUGGCUAAGAAUUCGACGACGCCGAAGAAGGACCAGGAGGACAGUUCGGUGGAGAUCACGCCGCGCAACAAUCAGACGAAGAGCCCGCAGAUCGACGUGUUCACGGAGCUGGAUCCCCUCGGGACUGGCUUGAUCAGGCCCUACGUGGACAAGAAGGAUUUCUUCCAGAACCUGAAGAACCCACCGAAGAAGGUCCUCAAGGACCUGGUGUCCACGAGCUCUAGUGACAGCUUUCCGACGAACUUCAACAUCACCACCACAAGCAGCUCAUUGGACUCGACGAAGGCUCAGAGCGAGGUGAGCACGAGGGACAGUGAGGAGAGUAACUUUGCCAACUUCGACCGAUUCGACGAGAAUGAGUCGACCCAGGCCACGUCGGACAAGAACAGGAUCGAGUCGCCGCCGAAAAAAGAGAUUGCCGCAAGGUCGGCGCACCAUCAGCCACUCUCGGUGUCGCUUCCGCCGGAGGAGACGCCGUUACCCAAAAGCACUGGCACCGUCAGUAGUAGCGCCACCGUUAUGCCAACGAACACUCCCGCGGGAAGCUCGAUUCUACGAAACACCGAUAAGGAGUCGACGGAAUCAACGCACGCGUUAGUGAAACUGCCCAGCCCGAAGAAGUACCUUCAGUCCGUGCGGAAACGAGACUUCGAUAUCGACCUGCCAGCCGGUAAGACACAAUCAAUGGACAGCAAGCCAUUCCCGGUGGACUUUUCGACGACGAACGAGUCGCCGGCGUCGCCACUGAGAUCUUGCUCGUCGGACGCGAACUCGCGACUCUCCAGUUCGAGCGUGGAGCUGGAUCUGGCGCCGGAACCGCCACCCAGAGACACCAGCGGUAUCUUGAUCAAUCCGCCGCCUUUGCCGCCGAAGAAGCAAGGUGCCAGAGUAGGAAUGAGACCACCGCCAAGACCUCCGCACGGAGGUGGACACUUUCACUACGACUUCCCGGAGCGUGAGGCCUCACCGUCGCCCACGAGAAUCGUCAGCGACAGGAGCAUGAGCCCGCCGAAGGACAUGAAGAGCCAAUUUGACGACAACUUCAACCCGCCCACGCAGAUGCCCACUCGAUCGGACUUUAUCGAUACGAUGACCACCUCGGCCUUCGAGGACUCCUUCAGCACGAUGAUACCGACCACGUCGUUGUCUUCGCUCUUCACCAGCACUACAGUGCAGGCGGAAUCGAAGAGGACCAAGCCGUCGCUCGACAUCACUCUCAGUCAGUUGACAUCGUCAAACUUGAACGAGUUGGCUUCUAGUCUCGGCAUGACUGUUCAGGAGCUGACAAGCUUGACCUUGCAGCAGCUGACAGAGUGCUUGGCGAGUUUAUCGGCGAAGGAGACGACGGCUGCUGAAGACACGGAGGAAAGUAUCAUGCCGCAAUCGACGACAACAACGACAACGUCAACAAUGACAACGACAACGACAACGACGACGACGACUAUUACGACGAAGGAGCAAGUGGUUCCCGUUAAGCCCGUGAUGUCGACGUCCUCAACGUUGUCGUCGUCAAAACUGCUGGAGACAGCGUCCUUCAUGUCCUCGGAAUCUUUCAAACCUAGUUACGAGUCGGAGUCAAAGCAAGAUGCCACGUACGACAAAUACGCGGUCUUCCGAGAGCUGCUGGAAAUGGAGCAGAUGGAACAGCGUAAAGAGGAGGCCAAGGUGGAAGAGAUGGUUGAGCAAGAGGAGGAACCCUACGAAGGACGAGCUUUCGACGAAGCGGAGAUUCAGCCGGAAGCGCAGCCUGCUGAGAACACUUCGGACUCCAUAUCUUCUCUGGUGAACUUAACAGUCAAGUUACCGCCUAAGGGCGAGGAUCUCUUAAAAGCAGAACCUGUAGGAAGACUCGUCGACAAGACGAGCGACUCUCUCGUAGGUUCAUUGAUGGAGAAUGAAAAGUCGACGGAAGCCGCAGACAAGGAUGUGGAGAAAGAGGACGAGGCUACGGCGGACAUAGACGUCACAUCCGAUUCUUCCACAGUCCAACAGACGGAGAUAGACGUGGAGGACGACACGGAGAAGACGCAGACGAUCAUGGAAGUAGAGGAGAAGACGGAGAACUCGGAGAAAGGUAGUGACGCUAACGGCACAUCUGACAAAGUAGGUUCGGACAUCCUCAACGAGGAGACGAACGGCUCUUCGGUGGCUGAGAGGUCCUCCGAGGUGAAGUCUUCGACGUCGACGUCAAGCGACAGGUAUGCCGCUCUACGAGAGAUCAUCGGCGAACCGGAGCCGCCGGUGAAGAAAGAUGACGAGGAGAUGAUGAGCUCCGCUCGAGCAUCACCGGUGAUACUCCCGCAGUCAACUCAGCCCAAGAGUUUGGCCGAGAUGGAGUUAUUGAAUCUGUUCUCGGACAACUUGCCGCCACCGUCGAGCCCGAACAUAUCAGCGAAGAAGGAUGAUGUUCUGAAGAGCGUAGCGAUGGAUAUCUUCGAGGAGAUCAAGAUGUUGAACAGCGGCACGCAUCGCGCGAAGGACAGCAAACCAUCGAUGACGUCGGGCUUCGAGGACGUGUUCUGCCCGUUCACGGAAACGUCGUCGAGGCCGGACAAGGACGAUGGCAAGGAAGACGGCAACUGGGCAAAGUUCGACACGAGCAUCUUCGGCUCGGACAGGUCGUCCUGCGAAGGGCAACGGUCGAUAGGCGGCACUUCGCCUUGGUCACCCGACGGCAAAGAUUUCCACCGGGAAGUGCCGUUCAAAGGCAGCAGUGGGUAUCGACAUUCCGGCGAUAGCGACAACGAAUGGAAAGACGAAGAGGAGAGCGAGGAGAGUAACGGCAGGGUGCGCGGGGACGGUAGGUUUUGGUCUGGCUCGCGACAUCCACGUUUCGACGCGCCAGGCUUCGAAGAGAGAUUCUACGAGGAAGGCGACAAGCGUGAUCGCAGCUUCCGCGACAGGAUGAGCAGGAAGUCGCGUGCGGCGCCGUGGACGAAGAGCGCUGGCCACCGGCCGCGUGAUCCCUCGCCUUGGCAUGAGGAAGGCCAGUGGGAGGACGAGCCGAGGCGGUAUCCGCACCGGAAAGUGCCCUACAAGGACGACGAGGAUCAGUAUGAGGCUCACUGGAAAUGCAGACCGAAGCCGCAGGGUCGUUGCAGCAAUUGGGCUCACGACGUUCACUAUUACGACGACGAGCGCAAGCGAAAGUUGAUACUGUGGAACGAGGAGCUGGAACGCUUCGGCAGCCAAGAGAGCAUGGGUUACGACGAGGAGGACAGAUGGAACAGGAGAAGGUACGACAGGCGAAGGUGGGAAGAGGAUCCUAGAUUCUGGACGAGAAGAGGGCCACCCGACGCCGAUUAUCCGAUGAGAGACGCGUAUUAUUAUUACCGCGACAGACCUCACGACUACCCGUCCACUUGGGACGAAGAGUAUGGCCCGGAGCGUCCAGGAGACGACUCGCCCAGGUAUAAUCCGCCAGGCAGGAAGAGACACUGGCCGAAGAGACCCAACAGCGCAAACGAAGGUCGCAAUUCCGACAUGGUGUACGCGGAUCCGCGUAAAUUCGGCGCUUCCAGAUCCGAGUGCAGCGACAACGAUUCGGACCCAUAUCUGGGUCUGCGAUCGUCCCAACGUUCCCGAAGCCGUGAGAGCUACUGGGGUAGCGAUCAGGAAUACGACAGCUGGGUGGAACGACCGUACUGGUCCGAGGGUCCUGAUUCCAAGAGCGAGACGCUCCAUCGCAAGAGGAUAGCGAGGCACAAAACGCGAGCAAGCCAAAAGACGCAAAGUCCGUUCGAGGAUGACUUUGCGCAGAGCGUCGAACACGUGGAGUCGGCAGCGGCCGGCCCGGUCGAGCCCUUGGCACCGGUGGACACGCGUAUACGACCGGAGGUCGCCGAUCAGAAGCGAGAACCGCCACCGUCAAGUCCUUCGCCCGGCAUCAGAUGUCCGAAGGAUCAUCCGAGGAGAGACAUUAGCAGAGAGUACAGCAAACGGUCGAGCUACUUCGAGGACGACCUCACGCCGACGGCGAGCGCUUCCAGCGACACCUCCGACAGGCAGAGAUUGUCCGCUGACCUGAAAGCCACACCGGAGGAGUUGCCGUGCGACACGAAGGAGCCUCAACAGCCGAUCGACGGUUUCGUCUCCGAAGACAACGGUCGCGACUCCUUCUUCAACGGCGACCUGAGGUUCGACGACGACGCUUUCGUCUUCAAAUCCGAACUGGAGGACAACGUGCCGGACCAUCGCGCCACCACGUUACCCUUGAAGAACUCCCGGCAAAAGUACGGGCCGGGGAAUAACAAUAACAACAAUAAGGCGACCAGGGGCGACCAGUACAUCAGGAAGUCGGAAUCGGUCAACAUCUUUGCGCGAGAGAGCGACCCAUUCGACGGCGACGAUUUUUUCAACUAAUUCCCUGAUGACCCAUGAUGACGACGAGAGGUGGAAGAGAAAGUCGCUGAAAAGCCGCGCUGAACGGCUCUUCGGUGACGAUUCGGCUGAGGGUCGGCCACGUUUUCGUCGCGCGCGCUCGGGAUACGUCGGCGGAUCGUGAAGAAACGGUGAAGUCUCGCUACAGCAAUACUUCGUUCACGUCGGAGCCGGCUAGAGCAAUUUUAACGUAGCGAAAUUGACGGAGGAGCGUCGCGCGCGCGCAGCGAACGCUGCUCGCGCACGUCCUCGGAAGUAUUGUUAAUAGUGAACUUUCGCCGCGCUUUCGUCUCGCAUCACGAAACUCAUCAUCAUUCUUCUGGAGAGAUUUGUUCCAAUUUGAUUUAGUAUUUUUACGAUACUUCGUUGUGAAACUUUACGAUGGAUUUGUUUAGAGUAUUCGUGUUAUUUCGCCCUGGAAAAAAAAAAAGAUA